AUGACCCGAUUAGUAUCUUCUGUGCAUAAUCGGAAGAAAGAAGAAGAAGAGAUGGAGGGAGAAGGAAGAAGAGAAGAUGGAGUUUCUUCUUAUCUCUGCAUGCCUUUUAAUUUCAUACACGAAACUCUGCAAUCUCUAUUCGUUAAGUUUCUCGGUUUAAGAUCUCAUCCUAAUAAUUUUUCGAUAUCACAAGACGAGGAAGAGACGGAGGUUGUGGAAGUGUCGUCGAGGAAUCUUUCAGCGAAGCAGAAUAAGCAGAAUACGAGUUCCGGGAAGCCUGGACGUAUCAACAAGAAGCCUUCCUAAGUUUCUCUUCCACUUGUCUUCGUUUCAACAAAAGUCAACUUCAACAAUUCAAGUCAAAUACUGUGUGAAGAAAAAUCCUUUACUUUGUACAUUUUCUUCUUAUGCUUAAUGAGUAUAUUGUUAUAAAUAUCAUGGUACUCUUCUGUGUGUAUUAUUUACAUGACUCUUGUUUGUUUG